AUGGACGAAGAUUCCGCGAAGCUCGCGGAGGAGGCGAAUAGGCGGAAGCCCGCAGAGAAGCAUCAGAGGGAGGCUGAUGUCAUGCUGACGUGGCUCAAGGAGGAACGGAGAUGCGGAGAGGACGGAAGCGAGGACGUGGAAGGGGAAGGGGACAAGGAAGGGGACGAGGAUGGGGACGAGGAUGGAGAUGAAGGAGAAAAGGAGAAGGAGGAGGAUGGUGAGGUGGAAAUGGAGGAAGGGGAAGAGGAGGUGACGGAGGACGGCGAAACAGAGGACGGGGCAGGGGGGAAGGACGAAAUGAAGAGGGAGGAGUGUUGGGAGGGGGAGGAGGGGGAGGAGUGUAGGGAAGGGGAGGAGGGGGAGGAGGGGGGAAAGGGGGAGGCGAGUGUGGUGGAAGCGCUGCGGGAGGCGGUGGAGAUGGAGCGGAUCCUGCGCGCAUUGGCGGAAGACGGCAUGAAGGCGGUGGAGCAGCAGAUGGAGAGGCUAAGGGACGAGGUCAGCAGGUACAAGGGGCAGCACCAGCGAGACACAGAGACGGUCUUUCAGCUGCAGUCAUCGGAGUGGCAAGCGCUGCAGGAGGUGCAGGAGGAGCGCGAGCAGCGGAGGGAGUUAGAAACCUCCCUAAUCUACCUCCACCACACGCUCCUGGAACUGCUGCCCCCAGACCUCCUAACCGAUCCGCCUGUCUUCCACACCUACUCCGAUCCCUCUAUGAUCCCACCGGACCUCCUCUCGAACCUCUCAGAAUCUCCGUCGCACCUUCUCGCAUCGGACGGCCAUGCAGACCCCUGUGACGAGUUUCUGAGAAUUCUCCCUGCAACGUCGCACCUUCUCACAGCGGACGGCCAUGCAGACCCUUGUGACCCCCCUAUGAUUCCACCUGACCUCCUCUCGAACCUCUCAGAAACUCCAUCACAGCUUCUCACAACGUUCACAACGGACGGCCGCACUGACCCCUCCGACCCUUUUGAGACGUCUCACAAGCUGCCAGAUCUGUCGGGAUCGUUGGGACAGGUUCGUACAUCGGACGGCCACGCGGACCCGUCUGUUCCUUUUGAGACGUCUCAGCAGCCGUUGGAUCUGCCGGAAACGCCGUCAUCACAAGCCCUCCCAACGGCCGUUUACAGUGAACCUCCUGAGCCGCCGGCCUUGCAUGACGCUCCAUGCCCUUCUGAUCCUUAUGCUCCUCAGCCUCUUCAGCGGGCAGAUGAGCAGAACAGUGAGAGUGCUACAAGCGAAGGCUAUACAGACGAGGGGUCUAGUGGUACUAACGAGGGUGGUACUAACGAGGAUUCCAUCAGCGAGGGCUGUGCCAAGGAGGCUACGGCUCCGGUCGACGUUCCUGCUUCUCCUUCUUCUUCUGCUUCUGCUGCUGCUUCUUCUGCUGCAGGUGGUAAUUGCUCUCCCCGCCAUGCCACCACGUCGCCUACCCAGCAGCCGUGCCGCCACUAUCCCCCACCUUGCCUGCCCUGCCUACCCCUCAAGGCUCUUCUCCUCUCCCGCUUCCUCCACCAGCCCUCCCCCCUCCCACCUGCUGCUGCUGCUUCUGCUGUUGGUGCUGCUUCUGCUUCUGCUGCUGCCACUGCUGCUGCUGCUGCAUCUGAUCCUUCUGCUGCUCCAGCAGCUGCUGCGGCGGUGGCGGCGCUGCUUGCGCCUGGCCUGACAGGCAGGCUGGGCAGGGGACGGGGUCGAAACGAUGGGACGGGGGAUUGGGAGGAGGAUGGGGGAGAGGACGGUAGGAGAAGUGGGGCAUGCAGGAGAGGAUGGAGAAGAGGUGGCAAGUGGGAUGAGGGCAAGUGGGAUGAGGGCAAGUGGGAUGAGGGCAAGUGGGAUGAGGGCAAGUGGGAUGAGGGCAAGUGGGAUGAGGGCAAGUGGGAUGAGGGCAAGUACGGAAGGGGGUGGUGGGAGGAACGAGCAGCAGAGGAUGCGAUGUGGCCGAUGUCUACCUCCCCCAAAUAUACCCUCCCCGAGUCUCCCGUCCCUGAGUCUGCCUUCCCCGAAUCUGCCCUCCCCAAAUCUGCUGUCCCCCCGUCGCUGUCCCCACUGGUGCCGGUGCUGCUGCUGGCUCGUGUGGCGUGCCCGUGCUGCCAGCUGGAAGGGCUGCAGUGGUGGUGCGAGGGAUGUGGGGCCAAAGGGCGGUGGGACGGAGCGGGGGACGAGAGAGCAGGAUAUCAGGUGAAAAAGGUAGAGGAAGCGAGAGAGGAAGAGAAAGAUGAAGACAGACAGGAGGAGAAUAUGGUGCAGGUGAAGGAGGUGAGAGGGGAGGAGUCAGGGGAGGAGAGCAACAUGGGGAUUGACAGGAAUGGGGGGAGAGGGGGGUUAGGCUCGAAUACCAAGCAACCCCAGAACGGGAUACGGGCGGGGAUGGGAGGAAAGAGCAGACAGGCUAUCCCGGAGAAGAGCCCCCCACCCAUGGCAUGCGGCAUACCAUCCAUCUACACCAAACCCACCUCUGCCGAACCAGCCUGCUCCGUACCUGCCGCCACCGAACCAGCACGGCCUCAACCUUUCUUUCCCGAGCCAGCCAUUCGUCCCUCCCCCGAACCUUGA